AGACCGCGCUCCCGGAGACUGCGGCGGGCCGAGCUCAGCCCGCCGGGGAGGAGGCGCCCUAGAGUCUCUUCUCCAGCAGCUGCUGGGAUGCUCAGAACUCCGGCUGCAGGGGCCGCAGGCUGGCUCCCACCCCGCCCACGCGCCUGCCCUCCGCUGCCCGCGCAGUGCGGGAGGCGGGGCUGCCGGGCUCACCUGGCUGUUUGGGGCGGGGCCGCCCGUGCCCCGGGGGAUCUGCGGUGGUUGUUACCCGGGGUGCUGGAGCCCGGGUUGCCCUGGGGACUGGCUGGACCUCCCAUCCCCCGGCGCCCCCCACCGCCCACGCGGGGGCCUUCCCGGAGCGUGCUCCCUCCCUCCCUCCCUCCCUCCUCCUCUCCUCCUUUGCUCCCUCCCUCCGAGCCCAAUUGCUCAAGCUGCUUCCUUCCCCACCGCCAGCGCCAGUUCCUCUCCCGGUGGGGCCCGGGAAGGGCAACGAACGCUAGACACUGGAACGGCCGCGGCAGCAACAGUAAGACCAUGGCCCAGUCCCGAGGGGUCGUGGGCCCGGUGCCCAGGACCUCUCGCGCGCGAACCGGGCUGAACCUGCGGAGCGCCCCGCAGCCCCGCCCCUCGAGAGUGGACCUCAGCAGCCUGGGCAGGUACCGAGGCAACGCCGCUGUCGCCGUCUCGCGGGAGUCCCCCUUCCAUAGCUCGCUGAUGCUCUCCGGAGCGGGCUCUGGGCGCAGGCGGGGAGCGCUGCGGGAGCUGCUGGGGCUGCAGGGGGCGGCUCCCGCAGGGUGGCUGUCGGAAGAGCGCACCGAGGAGCUGAGCCCUGGCGCGCCCGGAGGGCCAAGCGGGCCGAGCGGCAGCGGGCUGUGCCUGGAACCGCGGGAGCACGCGUGGAUUCUGGCGGCCGCCGAGGGUCGUUUUGAGGUGCUUCAGGAGCUACUGGAGGCUGAGCCCGGGCUGCUGUUGCGAGGCGACCCGAUUACGGGCUACACCGUGCUGCACUGGCUGGCCAAGCACGGGCGCCACGAGGAGCUCAUUCUGGUGCAUGAUUUCGCCCAGCGCCGGGGACUGCCACUCGACGUGAGCGUCCCGGGUAGCGGCGGCCUGACGCCUCUGCACCUGGCGGCUCUGCAGGGCCACGACAUGGUCAUCAAAGUGCUGGUAGGCGCCCUGGGUGCCGACCCCACGCGCCGCGACCACAGCGGCCAUCGGGCUUGCCACUACCUGCGGCCCGACGCACCCCGGAGGCUGCGAGAGCUGUCGGGUGCAGAGGAUUGGGAGACCGCACGCGGCAGCGAGCGCAGUAACGCCAACAACAACAGCAGCGGCAGCGGCAGCGGCGGCGGCGGCGGCGGCGGCGGCGGCGGCAGCGGCAGCGGCGGCGGCGGCGGUGGCGGCGGCGGCGGCGGCGGCGGCGCUGUGUGGACGCUGAGACGGACCCCGAGCGCAGGGAACUGGACAACCAUGGAGACAAAAACCCGAGCGGCUCCUCCAGCCAGAGAGAAGGACGCUGCGGGCAGCCGGGUGGCACAAAUCCAGGGCCUUUUCCGCCAUCUGUUCCCCUUCUUCCAAGAUCGUUGAGGGCGACGGAGCUUGGAGGGGCCGCGACGCUUGGGGAGGCCUCCAUCCUUGGUUGUUCCGGGUCCCACUGAAGGAGACGCGCCUUGGACACAGCGUGGGCCUGCAAGGGGCAGACUCCAUCGGGGCCCAACUCAGGUACCUGUCCCAGGUUUCCUGCAGCCACCCG